GGGUCCUACAGAUGAUGCAGACAAGGAUCAGUGCCCUGCAGGCAGCUGUUGACAGGAUAAGGACAAAGAUUGUUGACCCGUACAACAAGAUUGUGGCCAGAAUCACCCAGCUUGCCAGACUGCAGAUGGCCUGUGAUUUGCUGCGGAGGAUCAUUCGUAUCUUGUACCUCAGCAAGAGGCUCCAGGGUCAGCUACAGGGGGGCAGCAGGGAGAUCACCAAGGCCGCUCAGAGCCUAAAUGAACUAGACUAUCUGUCACAAGGUGUGGAUCUGAGUGGCAUUGAGGUGAUUGAGAAUGACUUGCUGCUGAUCAGCCGAGCGAGGCUGGAGGUGGAGAACCAGGCAAAGAGACUGCUGGAGCAAGGCAUGGAAAUCCAGAAUCCAACCCAGGUCGGCACAGCCCUGCAGGUCUUCUACAACCUGGGCAGUCUAAGAGAGACAAUCAGUUCUGUAGUGGGGGGUUACAGGACCACCAUACACGACAACAUCACUGGUGCUUUGGACAUCAAGGGCCUGACACAGCCGACCAAUCCCAGAGGUGCACCAGGCAGAGCAGUGCUACCGACACCAGGCAACACAGCAGCUUUCCGUGCUGCUCUGUGGACCAACCUGGAGAAAUUGAUGGACCAGAUAUGUGCUGCAUGCAGACAGGUGCAACAUCUGCAGAAGGUCCUGAUGAAGAAGAGAGACCCUGUAACUCAUGUGUGCUUCAUCGAUGAGAUCAUCAAGGAUGGACAGCCUGAUAUCCUGUACACCUUCUGGAAUGAUGUAACCAACACACUAAGUGAGGAGUUUCACAGAGCAACUGAAGCCUCGUCCUUCCUAAAGCAGGCGCUUGAAGGAGAGUAUCCCAAGCUGUUGCAACUGUACAACGAGCUGUGGCGCCGCCUGCAGCAGUACAGCGCCAGCCUGCAGGCGGCGCUAACAAUCAGCGGAGGAAUGGACGCAUCUCUGGACAUCACUGCCACAGAGACAGACAGCCAGGACCUCUUCACACAUGGAAAACAGGAUUACAACCCAGAGAAGGCUCUGAAGGACUCACUGCAGCCGUACGAGGCAGCCUACCUUUCCAAGUCCCUCUCUCGCCUGUUUGAUCCUAUCAACCUUGUGUUCCCUAUGGGCGGCCGCAACCCUCCUUCCAACGACGAGCUGGACAGCAUCAUCAAGACCAUCAGCAGUGAGCUGAAUGUGGCGUCAGUAGAUCCAAAGCUGUCUCUGGCUGUGUCCAAGAAUGCUGCCAAGACCGUCCAACUCUUCUGUGUCAAGUCUGAACAACUGCUGUGCACUCAGGGUGAGGCCAGUCAGGUGAUUGGUCCAUAUACAGAGGGCCAGAGGAGGAAUGUCACUGUGGUCAACUCCCUCUAUCGUCUGCAGCAGGCCAUCGCCAAGAUUAUUUCAGGAUUGGGGUCAUGUCCAUCAGCGGCUGCAGAGGCUCUCUCUUCUUCUUUGGAGGGAGUGCAGGUCCUGAUGAGCAGUGCGGUGCAGCCUCUCCUGCAGUCAGUGAGUGACUCCAUAGAGGCCAUCAUCAUUACGCUACACCAAGAAGACUUUUCAGGGCCUCUGUCAUGCCCUGAUAAGCCAGAUGUUCCAUGCUCACUCUACAUGAAGGAGUUGCAGGGCUUCAUCUCUAGAGUGAUGGCUGACUACUUCAGACACUUCCAGUGUGUGGACUUCAUCUAUGAGAGGACAGAGUCCAUCGCUCAGAGGGCCAUCGAGCUGUUCAUCCGCCACACCAGCCUGCUGCGCCCGCUUGGAGAGGGGGGCAAGAUGAGGCUGGCUGCUGACUUUGCCCAGAUGGAGUUGGCAGUGGCUCCUCUGUGCAGGAGAGUGUCUGAUUUGGGUAAACCUUACAGGAUGCUGCGCACCUUCAGGCCGCUGCUGUUUCAGACCAGCGAGCUGAUAGCAAGCAGUCCAGCUGUGGGUGACCUGAUCCCCUACAGCACCCUGCUGCACUUCUUCUUCACCAGAGCCCCGUCUGAGCUCAAGUCACCUCACCAGAGAGCAGAGUGGUCCAUCGCCCGUUACUCCCAGUGGCUGGAUGAUCAUCCCUCUGAGAGAGACAGGCUCACUCUCAUCAGGGGCGCUCUGGAGGCCUAUGUGCAGUCAGUGAGGGCUCGCCAGGGGAAGGAGUUUGCUCCCAUCUAUCCCAUCAUGCUCCAGCUGUUACAGAGAGCCACCAGUGGCUCACAGGAGGUCCGAGUCUGAAGAGGACGACAGCGGUGUCAUAGUAGCUGAGCACGAAGAGUGUUAGAUGUGGAGGCAGAGGAGGUUGGGAAUUGGAGCCAUGCAAGGCCUCCAUUGUUAUCAUCCAUAAUUCUGACUCAAUAAAGACACUGUUGUAGGGGUAUACAUGAAGUAUUUACCUCUGGUUCUCAUGAUAUUGAAACAAUAAUUUGGACUUGCCACAUUAACUGGAUUUAUCUGAGUGACCAAAUAUGGAUAUCAUAAAACAUGUCCAUUUUAAUUAAGUGUGCCACACUCAGAUUUGACUUUGGAGUUUAAGGCCACGAUUCGAUAAGAUUUAAACCUUUUUUUCAGCAUUUUCAAACUUGAAAAAAAAAAAGAUGCUAGAGGUACCAUGAUGUAUACUCUUUUGCAAUGUACAACACUAAAUCCAUGUGGUCAAAUUAAGUGUUUGUUGCUUACUUAACUCACGGGGAAGGCAAACUGUUGCCACAUCGGAGACUUUGGGUAAGCAGGAGUGUGUUCCAGCUUAGAAAUGAUACAGCUCUAAAACUGUCUGGUUCAUCUUUAUUAACCAGUUGGUAUGAUCUCUGUGGAAAGCUGAAUGCAAGGACUUUUUGCUGUUCAUAUGAAGGACUUAGUGAUCCUCACAUGGAUACAUAUAGAUAUCUUUUCCACAAUAUUUCAACUGGAGAACUGUCAUCUUGUUCUUCAUCAAUAUCCCAAUGAUCUGGAUUCAGCUUUCUCCAGACACAGUAGUAAAUAUGUAAUGGACUCCAUUUAUGGUGUAUACAGUAGUUCUUGUCAAGAUCAUCAAUAACUGCUGAGAAUAAACGGGGGAAAUGUUCACACAA